CAAAUACAAUUAUUGCUGUAGUUUUUGAGUUAGAACUCUUAUCACAGAUUUUCAUUCUUUUAAGAUAAUUGUGAUUCAUUUCACUCUCACAUUUCGGUUAAGUUCCCUCCGCACUAUAUAAUAUAUGUAAACGCACAAACUAAAUGUGCCUUUCCUGAAAUGUUGUUGUAGACACAGUGUUGCAAAACCUGUAAAUCACUGUGGCUUGUCGUGCCUUGGCUUGUUUUGAAAAUGCCUCAAAAACGAAAAUUUCGAGGAAAUCCUAAUCCAGAUCGGCCAAAGUCGCCGUCACACGCAACCGCCGUGGAGCCCAACAAUGUGUUUGCUCAUCCCGCUUUGAAUUCUGCUGUGCGCUCGCAGGAGGAAAUAGCACGCAUGGCAAAAGAUAUUCGGACUGCCAUUGAAGACUUGAAUCUCACGCCGCAGACCCAGGCUGCAGUGGCUCCAAAGAUUACCCAAAAGAUGAACUUUCUACCAGACGAAGCUGUCUUCAAGGGUUUAGUUCCUCUAAACGUCAACGAAUCGAUACUGCCGCCCCAGAAGAUGGGACGCAAGCCGUCAAAGAGUAAACAUUCCAAGGAGAAUAGAGCAAGGACUGCAGAGCCGGAACUUGAGGACUAUGUGCAGCCAAUAGCGCCCAGGCAAAUGAUUAUACCAGAGCCAGAGCUUCAUUUGGAGUAUAAACCGGAGCCGUACAACUUUCUCGAGGCGUACAAGAAACUCUUCAAAUAAAGUUAUAAUUUAUUUUACGAUACAUUAAUAUAUGCGAAUGGUGGAGCAC